GCUAAGGCGCGAGAUAAGAAGAAAAAAUGUGGGAUCUGAAUGAGCCUCCUAAAGAGGACGAUGACAACCCAAAAAGUGGCUGCAAAAUAUUCGGGGUCUGGCUCAUGGACGGUUUUGAUUCGCAACCCGUGACCCGACAGUUCUUCCCGGAAAACGUACCCUCCGAAAUGGAACUCACGCCUGGAAGUGGUGGUGUUGCCACGUGGCCGGCUGCUUCUUCCUCUUCUUCAUCAUCAUCACUUGUUCAGUGGAAGUAUGACGUGUUCUUGAGCUUCAGGGGUCGAGACACUCGAAGAAGCAUAACGUCUUAUUUGUACUAUCGACUGCAAAGGAGAGGUGUUAAGACAUUCAUGGAUGAUCCUGAACUUCAAGUAGGGGAUGUGAUUUCUCCCGCGUUGCAAAAGGCAAUUGAAGAGUCAAGGUUUGCGAUUGUUGUUCUGUCGGAAAACUUUGCUCAUUCUAGUUGGUGUUUGGAGGAACUUGCAAAGAUUUGUGAGUGUAUGGAAGGAAGCAACAGAAUAUUUCCGGUUUUUUAUAACGUGGAACCGUCUGAUGUACGGCACCGAACCAAGAGCUUUGCAGAAGCUUUGAAUAAGCAUGAAAGCUACGGGCGACACACAUUGGAGAAUGUGCUGCGGUGGAAUGAUGCUUUAAGCAAAGUGUCCAAUUUCUCUGGAUGGCAUACAAAGAAUUAUAAGACUGAUAGAGAACUUGUGGAUGCAAUUGUGGAUUUUGUGUGCAAUAAAGUACAACCUAUUGACACUGGGUUUACAAUGUCUACCGAAGAUUUUGAAGCAUAUGAAGCAACAAGGAAGGCCAUGGAUGAGGUUAUGAAGGUGCUGAAAGAUGAGGAGGUCACUGCGGUUGGUGUCUAUGGCACGGGAGGAGUUGGCAAGACAACCAGGGUAAAACAUGUCGCUGCACAAUCCUGCAAAAGUGGGACUUCUCAUCAUGUGAUUAUGGCUGUUUUAUCCCAGAGCCUUGACUUGACAAAAAUUCAAGGCACAUUGGCAGAGGCGAGCAGGUGUUGUACUGUGAAUAGCAGUGGUAGUGCAAGUGUCGGAAUUAAGGGAGUGCGGCCGCCAGGGCUGAAGCCGCCGCCUUCGAUGGUGAGGGUUCCGGUGAUGGACAAUGGAUGUUCGACUUGGGAGAUUUUGAGGGGCUUCGGGCCGGAGGAAGAGAGGGUGUCGUUGGAAAUGGUGCAGAGAAGGUUUUGUUCUUUUCCCUCUUCUUCUGACGAAGAAGAACUUGAAGAACAAGAAGUUGAACAAGGAGAGAAUGUUGACUUUUCCAGCACUACCACAGAGUUUUCCAGUAUUUCUCCAUGUGGAUGGUUUUUGCCAAAUGGGAAGCCUAUGCUUCCUAUCACUUAUUGGGAAAAGGGUGAUUUACUCGGCAGCGGCUCUUUUGGGUGUGUGUAUGAAGCAAUUUCUGAUGGCGGAUGCUUCAUCGCUGUCAAGGAAGUUUCCUUGCUUGAUCAAGGAAGCCUGGGGAGGCAAAGAGUUUCUCAACUUGAACAGGAGAUUGCUCUUCUGAGUCAGUUUGAACAUGAGAGCAUAGUUCAGUAUUAUGGCACACAAAAGGAUGGAUCAAAGCUAUAUAUUUUUCUGGAACUUGUAACCAAAGGCUCCCUUCAGAAGCUAUAUCACACGUACCAUCUUACAGAUACACAUGUCUCUGUAUACACGAGACAGAUCUUGCAAGGUCUGAAGUAUCUUCACGACCGAAAUGUGAUUCACAGGGACAUUAAAUGUGCAAAUCUUUUGGUGCAUGCUAAUGGAUCUGUGAAGCUUGCUGACUUUGGAUUGGCAAAGAGUAUCAAACUGAACAACAUAAAAUCUUGCCAAGGAACUGCAAACUGGAUGGCUCCCGAGGUUGUUAAUCGUAAAAGUCAUGGUUAUGGCCUUCCAGCUGAUAUAUGGAGUCUUGGAUGUACUGUGUUGGAGAUGUUAACUGGGAAGAUUCCAUACGAUAAUCUCGAACCGAUGAAGGCAUUAUGGAGAAUUGGAAAGGGAGAGCCCCCUCUGGUUCCUGAUACUCUUUCAAGAGAGGCACAAGAUUUCAUCCAUCUAUGCUUAAAAGUUAAGCCAGAUGAUCGUCCCACUGCUGCUCAGCUUUUAGAACAUCCGUUUGUAAAUAAGCACUUUCCUCCCAUGUCUUCGGGAUCAGUAUCUCCUUAGUCCUUACAAUCACCACAGGUUCAGCUACAAGUUGUGAUGGUAAUAAGCUCCAUUCAACCCAAAGAAGCAUGACAACAUCUCAUCCAUGUUCUAUAAUUUGCUUUGGAAUCCCGUGGUCGUUAUAAUGUCAGUAUGACUUCAGAGGAAUAAACAUCUUUUUGUCAGGUGCCUGCUCUGAAAAUCAUAUUGCACAUAGAGCAAUCCCGCCAAUUUGUUCACCAUCAAUUCUGUUGUAGAACAUAUGAUUUGUUGUUGUUCAAUUAGUCUUUGGCGUUUCAUGUCUUCCCCUCUGUUACAGAGGACAUGACUCAGAACCCUUUCCAUGUGUCUGUGGGAAAAGUCUACGCUAAAUUGUGUGAAAGAGCAACUAUUUUAUCUGUGAAAGAGAUUUGCGGUG